AUAGUGAUAUAGCAUUGAAGGGACUGAGGUGGCCAUUCGUCUGAUUCGCGUCGUCUGCUCAAGCUUGCUAUGUGAAACCAAUGUAAAUACGGCAUGGCUACGAGCGUGAUGCAAAGGACCCUUAGAGGAACUUUACCUAGUUUCGUGUCACAAAUUGGUCGGCGAUGCUACGUAAAAUUGGCGGAAGUUGGCCGGCUGGAUAGUCCAAGGGAGAGUAAAUAUGAGACUGGUCAGUUGUUUCUCCACCGCGUAUUCGGCUAUCGAGGCGUAACACUCUUUCCAUGGACUGCACGGGUCUAUGACAGAGACCAAUCCACAGGCCGCGACAGUGCAAGUGAGGCAGAACCACAGGUUACAGAAGCGUUUCUUCAUCCGCGGAUUGUCAAUGGUCAGACCCAAAUAUACUAUCAGGUGCUGAUCGACUUGCGAGACUGUCCGUUUGUUCGCACGCAAACAGAGGCGGUUACGUUUCUGGGCAAUCAAGAUAAUAGUAAAGCGUCAUUGUAUUCUUUGCCCGGGCUCGAUUACGUAUCGCAUGAGGACAUUCUUCCGUAUACAGCCACUAAUGAGCAGAUGAUCCAACAUGAACUUUUUGACAAAUUUCUCAUGCCCGAACCCCAUAAAGAUCCGCCGUUUGGGCCCCGGGAAACGCUUCGCGCCUGGCAGGAUAAGAACCACCCGUGGUUAGAGUUAAAUCAGGUUCACAAAGAGACGACGGAAGACGUGCGCGUGACAGUAAUGCCAUUUUACAUGGGCUCUCGGGCGAAUCCGGGGGCAAAUCCAGAAGCAACUGUGUACUGGUGGCGCUAUUGUAUACGGCUUGAGAAUCUAAGUGACAGAGCGGUGCAAUUGCGAGAACGUCAUUGGCGAAUCUUCUCGCAGUCCGGCACCCUAGAGACAGUUCGUGGUCGCGGUGUAGUCGGGGAGGAACCUAUUUUAAACAAGCGCUACCCUGCAUUUCAAUACGGUUCUCACGUGUCUUUACAAGCACCUAGUGGCCAUAUGUGGGGAAAUUUUCGAAUGGAACGUGAGGAUGGCUACAUGUUUGACUGCAAAAUCCCACCGUUCAGCCUUGAAAGUAAAAGUGACCCUGAAUAAAAUAUAGAAGUACAGGUUUGUGUGAUCAAAAAACGACGCUGAAAUCAUGCUGAGUUGUUUGGACUCCGGACAUGAACACUCGAUCUGCAAAUUUCAAGCAGCUUAUUAGUUGGCAAAUGGACGAGUACGAAUUAUGCAGGUUCUUCACUCAUGCUUCUUUAGUUCGCUUUGUAGAGUAGUAUGUUGUCUAUAGUAUUGAACCCCAUAUAAGGAAUAUGCUGACUCUGAAACGACAAGGCGUUGUACGCUAUGUAAGCACAUGUAUCAUUAAAAAGUCAUAAUAUGCCUCAACACAAUUGAACCAAGCAAAGAAAUGUAAGUGGAAUUGCUCUAGAAAACAUGUGCGCUUUUCAUAUUUGUCUACUAUUAAUCGACUUGUCGUUUCGAGGAUUUUCGAAGUUGUACAGAGUGAAGAUAUUGGUAGUACAGUAGAGCACAGAACGGUGGCUCGAUUGUGCAGGGAUGUAGAUUGAGGGGACAGAGAAUAAAUUUCAUGUCAUGUAUCGAAAAUGAUAUAACAUGCCCCACAUAACGCAAAACGUCUAAAGGUGCCCUCGUAUUUGUAGAUCAGAUAGGCAUUAUCCACAUACGAACUUACUAAAUGGAAAUCAUUGUCCAAGAAGAUGAUUAAUAAACACGAAAAUACGUGCACUCAUAAAUCUUAAUAAAAU